AUGUCGCCCCUCACUCCAGGGACAAGAAUGGGCAAAAAGCACUGGUUUCAACCACAGAGUGUGGUGGAGAGGAUAAGGAUAUUGCAGAAGGAAGGUAAUGUUAGAAGGGGGAAGGGAAAAGCUAUAAUUUGUGCAGUGUUGGGAGCGAGUCUGGCAGCUGCAGUGGAAGAGAGGAAGCAGAAGUUUUGUCAAGCUGAUAGUGAAACAGACUCCCUGCAGAUGGUCAUACAGACCCUGCAGGAACAAUUGAAAGAAAGUAAACAAUUGCUAGAGGAGGAAAGGAACCAAAAUGAAAUAUUAAAGAAGAAAUGGAGGAACCAACUUUUGAGGGAGGUAGAGGUAGAAGUGAAGCAUUCAGAGAAGGGGAUAUGGCAAAACUACCCCCAAGGAGAUUUGCAGAAGGCAGAAGAAACCGUUGAAAGCCUCCCCCCUAAGUAUCCACUGAUUAAAACAGAGUACGUGUAUAAGGACAAUAGCGAUGACCGUCCUCAGGUUAUCACCGGAGUCCCAUUUACAGCAUCUGAAUUCGCAAAGCUGAGAAAAGAUUUUGCAUGGACUGCAAAGGAAUCAGAGACAGAGUAUGUAUGGAGAGUGUCUUUGUCAGGAGGGGAUGGAAUUUUGUUGUCAGAAAAAGAAGCAGAAGGAUAUUGGGGUCCGGGUGUGUUUCUAACUACCGGCGAUCACCGAGCCCCAUGGUCAUUGACUCAGAGAGCUGCGUAUUGGGCUGGAGGGCUGAACCCCUUGGAGAGGGGAGAUCCCCUUGCCAUAACAGGUACGGUGGAUCAGUUAGUGGAAAGUGUGCAGAAAGCAGCCUGUCUCCAGAUGAUGUAUGACUGGGAGCUCAAGCCCAACCUGGACUCUGUGAUGAUGAUGCCUGUGGACCCAGAGAGGAUGAAUCCCCUGAUAUGGGGACUACCCGACUUCCUGAAACCCAUUGGGAUUCAACUAAAAGGGAAGAUAUACAACACCCCCAGCAGAGAAAGAAUUACAGCCGCUCUGGAGGGGAUAGUGACCCCUGACCAUCAGUGGUCAGGGAGAAAAGUAUGGACAUGGGGAGAGGUAGCCCAGGAAUUGAUUAAUUUUGGGAGAAAAUAUGGCCCCGUUGGUGAAUUGUCCCAAAGAACCAAAACCAGAGUUGUACAGGCUGCAGAGCAAGCUAGUGGGCAGCAAUCAUCCGUAAGAAAGGGCCAAGGCUUGCAGUCGCUCCGAUGUCAGAAUUUUGGAAGAAAGAGGCCCCUAACUCGACAGGGACCGUGGCAGCUAGGGCUUCAGAAAGGCAUUCCCCGGGACUUGAUGGAUGGACUCCCGACAAAAACAUUAGAACAACUUGUGCGGGAAUGGUCAGGGCAAAGGACCACUUCCAGACCAGCCCCUAAUGCUGCACCUUUGCUAGACCUUGAGGAGGAGCUGACUGGGGAACAGAAGGUGGUGGGAAACUAA